AAUCUAAUUCCUUUAUUUUAAUCAUUUUCCUUACCCUGAAAAGUUAGAUAGAAGCGCCCAGACCAACGAAGGCUUUAGCAAAAUCUUUCUCUCUCUCUCUCUCCCAAGCCUUAAGACAAGAUCUCUCUCCUUCUUUUUUAUUUCUGUUUCUCUCUCCUUAAGCCGCCUUAUAAAACAGAGUCUUGUCUGAUCCUUAACUCUGUUUCGCUGGAAUAUAGGAUUUGUUUACUGAGAUUGAUCCGAAAAGUUGAAGACCCAAAAAUAUAUAUAUAUAUAUAUAUUCUUGCCUAAACGUUUUUUUUUUUUUUUUUUUCACUUUCUUUGGUUUUUUUAGACCAGAAAGUUGAAAUAUUUUUAAUCAGUUUUUGACCGUUGGAUCACGGUUCCACUUGCCGGUGAUCAAAAAUUUUCCGGUGAUGGUUGUGGGGUUCUCUCUCUCUUUCUCUGUGCGUGUGUGUUUCAUUUUAAUUUCAUCUGAGAGCUGAGAGAAAAGCCUUUUUAUUUUCAGUCUUUGGGGUUAAUCAUUGAGGUUCCUUUGGGUACUGUGUUUUUUGGUCAGAGACCAGUCAGAGCUGGUAGGUGGGUAAAGAAGAGAGAAAAGAAAAGAAAUAAAAAAGGGUUUGAUUGACUGGUAGAUAAGAAAGCAAGACAGAGCAGAGACGGAAACCCUAAACAUUGUGUUCAAAAAAAGCCAUCUUUGGAAUUCUAUGAUAAAUGUCCUAGAUAGAUUUUGCUUUUUUGCAUAUUAGAUUACAGUUCCAAAACAAACCCUAUCAAAGAUUUCUCAGCAUCCAUGCCGGUAGACUUAGAUAAUUCCUCUACAGCUUCAGGGGAAGCUAGUGUCUCUUCCUCUGGCAAUCAGAGUCAACCUCCAAAGCCCACCGCUAAGAAAAAGCGAAGCCUUCCUGGAAUGCCAGAUCCAGAUGCGGAAGUGAUUGCUCUGUCUCCGAAGACCCUAAUGGCGACGAAUCGAUUUGUCUGUGAAAUUUGCAACAAAGGGUUUCAGAGGGAUCAGAAUCUGCAGCUCCAUCGGCGAGGUCACAAUCUUCCAUGGAAGCUAAGGCAGAGGUCGAGCAAGGAGGUGAAGAAGAGGGUCUAUGUGUGUCCAGAGCAAUCUUGUGUGCACCACGACCCAUCAAGAGCUCUGGGCGAUCUCACGGGGAUAAAGAAGCAUUUCUGUAGAAAACAUGGUGAGAAGAAGUGGAAAUGUGACAAGUGUUCGAAGAAGUACGCGGUACAGUCCGAUUGGAAAGCCCAUUCCAAGAUUUGUGGCACUAGGGAGUACAAAUGCGACUGUGGGACUUUGUUCUCCAGGAGGGAUAGCUUUAUCACGCACCGGGCGUUCUGUGAUGCUUUGGCAGAAGAGAGCGCUAGAGCUCAGACUCAGCCAGUAGCGAAUCCAAAUUCGGAGUCAGACACCAAAAUUCAAGCGGUUGAUUCAUCUCCACCAACACCAGUACCAGCACCAGCACCGGCACCAGCACCAGCAACAGCUCCAGCUCCAGCAACAGCUCCAGCUCCAGCUCCAGCUCCAGCUCAAGCUCAAGCUCCACCAGCUCCUCCACAGCCACAGUCAAGUGGUGUAAUAUCAUCGGUUUUGCCAAUCAAGAGUCCAGAGUUACCAGAAAAUCAAACACAAAUAGUAGAAGAAACACCAGUCACAACUGGCUUAAAUGGGAGCUGUAGCAGCACGACCAGCUCAAGCAGCAAUGGCAGUACAAGCUGCAGUGUAUUUGCAAACUUAUUUGCUUCCUCAACUGCAUCAGCAAGCUUGCAAACUCCUCAAACUCAUGGAUUUAGCGACCUAAUCCGUGCUAUGGCGGCACGUCCUGAUCCCCCAACAGACCUUGCACGGCCUCCCUCUACAGAACCUAUUUCUCUCUGCCUCUCCACCAAUCAUGGGUCAUCAAUUUUUGGGACUGCAGGGCAAGAGCGUCGGCAGUAUGCACCGCCACCGCAACCAGCCAUGUCUGCCACUGCACUACUGCAGAAAGCUGCACAAAUGGGUGCAGCAGCUACAAAUGCAUCAUUGCUUCGUGGAUUCGGCAUAGUUUCAUCAUCUUCAUCUGGGCAGCAAGAUGGUUUGCAUUGGAGUCAGCGGCAAGUAGAACCGGACAAUGCUUCAGUUCCUGCAGGGCUUGGACUUGGGCUUCAUUGUGAUGGUGGCUCAGGAUUGAAGGAAUUAAUGAUGGGAACUCCUUCUGUGUUUGGUCCAAAGCAAACCACCCUUGAUUUUCUAGGUCUGGGAAUGGCUGCUGGUGGCAGCACAAAUAGUGGCCUAUCGGCUCUAAUCACAUCAAUUGGUGGUGGUCUUGAUGUGGCAGCCGCAGCAGCCGCAUCCUUUGGAGGUGGAGAAUUCACUGGGAAAGACAUAGGAAGGAGUUCAUGACACAUUUAUUAGAAAAAGAAAAUAUUUCUGUGUUUGAUGUGGAUAAAGAUGCACAUGUUGGGCAAUUGAUGUUGCAGGAUGAACCAUCAUAAGCUAUAAUUUUAUAUAUAAAUAGUGCCCUUGUGAAGUUAAGCAUUAGGCCGCAGGCAGUUGUGUACUUUUUGAUUGUUCUGCCGUCCUUGAUGACCAGGGCAAUGAGGAUCUUGUCGCAUGGUGUAGACUCUUUUAGUGAGCUAAGACAGGGACCCUUCUUUUUCCUUCAGUGUGUAAUGGGGUCAUAUGUGAUUCAGUAUAUUUGAUUUGAAGUACUGAAAUGUGUGAGGUUUCUCAAGCUAAAACAACAUAGAGCAGGUUAGCAAAAAAGAAAAAGAAAAAGAAAAAAAAAGAUAAAGAAGAACAAAAGUCUAAACCAUCAUUUAUUAUGUUAGCUUCAUCAAGCUAGAGCUUGGAAAAACCAGAGCAAUUGAAGAAAUUAUGGGAGACUGCCAUUGUGCAGUAGAUCAAUGACUUUGGAGUGAUCUUGUAAAUGAUGGGUUGGGUUUAGUUUAGGGCUCAUGGACUUAAAUCAACUUUCUAUCACCUGUAAUUAUUUUUAAAAUUGAAUUGAAGUUAAUGUUUUUCUUA